AUGAAGUUGGAAACCUGCUGCCUUCUUGCCGCUAUCGCAACCCUCGCCGUAGCGGCCCCCCAAAAGUCGGAUGCCGAGGCAGAAAUACUCCAGCAAGACAACAACAUCGAUCCGGACGGAGCGUACGAGUACAGUUACGAAACGGCCAACGGUAUCCGAGGUCAGGAAAAGGGGACCCUCAAGCGUGCAACCGGCCCAGACACCAGUGACGUAAUUGUGGCAGCCGGUUCGGUCAGCUACACCGCUCCCGAUGGCACCGUGGUAGAACUGAGUUACACGGCCGACGACGAGAAUGGGUUCCAGCCAUCCGGAUCCCACCUACCCACCCCGCCGCCCAUCCCACCGCAGAUCCAGAAAGCCCUGGAGUACCUGGCCAGUCUGCCACCCUCGAACCGGCGGCGCUAGGAAGACCCACGGAUCUCAUCUUCGCCAGCUACAGGACUACGCUUGACCCCCCGCAAAUUACGGUUCCCCCCCUGUGGGGUGAUCACCCCUAUGUGGCAGUGCAUUUCAUAGUGCGUAAUAAAACUCGCAUCUCGUAAAAAACGAACGAACGACGGAACUUCGCAGCACGGGUGUGGUG